UUUGAUUGGGUGCAUCGUGCAUUCAAUUGUUCCCGUUGAUUGUUGGGAGUCAUAAUAAGUACCGUUGACGCAGGGAAAUGGCCAAGAGGCAAGGGCCGCACCAACCCCACUCUAGUUUCCUUUUCUUCCUCAACAAAACAAGAAACUGCCAAGAAAAGUCCCAAUUUCAUAAUCUCCUCAUGCGUGUUUGUGUUUGUGUUUGCUUUCGAUCAUCGACUUAUCUGCAUCUGUAGCAGCAGCCGGUAUUAUAUAAAUCAUUGAUGAUGUUUACCUGUAUAUGAAAGUUCUCACAGAAAGAUUUUCGGAUAGACGCAUACGAGUAACAUAUCUGCACCCAUCAUCAGAUUACUGGAGGGUUUCGAGAAUUUCUUUUGUUCGCUUAAGAUAAUCAGAUCUUCGUCGCAAGCUCUUACAGCGCUGAUUCGAUGGUGUUGUAGCUUUACCAUAAUCAGAUUCAAAUGUCAAAUCUUUUCUCAUCUCCAUAAAAACCCUACCCCCCUUUCAUUCCAUCUUCCCAAAUGUCGUUCCGGAGUAUAAUGCGUGAUGUAAGAGAUGGAUUCGGGAGCAUAUCAAGGCGCAGUUUUGAUGUGAGAGGAAAAUCUCAAGGAUCUGUAAAUGAUUCAAGUGAUAAUCAAUCCUCCAUUGUUGUCCAAAACAGUAGGUGGGCUAAUCUCCCACCUGAGCUUCUCUGUGAUGUGAUUAAAAGAUUGGAAGAGAGUGAAAGUACUUGGCCUCAAAGAAAACACGUCGUCGCUUGUGCUGCUGUUUGUAGAUCUUGGAGAACCAUGUGUAAAGAAAUUGUCAGAACCCCUGAAUCCUCCGGGAAACUCACUUUCCCAGUUUCCUUAAAACAGCCGGGACCCCGUGACACUACUAUUCAGUGUUUCAUUAAGAGGGACAAAUCAAAUCUGACAUAUCAUCUUUUCCUUUGCCUUAGCCCCGCAGCUUUACUGGUUGAAAAUGGUAAAUUUUUACUAUCAGCUAAAAGAACUCGGAGAACUACUUGCACUGAGUAUGUUAUAUCCAUGGAUGCUGAGAACAUUUCGAGAUCAAGUAGCACUUAUAUUGGAAAACUCAGAUCUAAUUUUCUUGGAACGAAGUUUAUAAUCUACGACACACAGCCUCCGCAUUCCGGGGCUUCGAUCCCGCCACCUGGCAGAUCGAGUCGAAGAUUUUACACCAAAAAAGUCUCGCCGAAAGUCCCGAAUGGAAAUUACAAUAUUGCCCAUAUCAAAUACGAACUCAAUGUACUCGGUACACGGGGUCCGCGUAGGAUGCACUGCAUCAUGCACUCGAUUCCCACGUCAGCACUCGCGCCAGGUGGCACCGUGCCAGGUCAGCCGGAGGCCCUCCUUCCUCCUCUUUCGAAUUCCCUAUCGGAUUCUUUCCGUAGUAUUUCCUUCUCGAAAUCCCUCGACCGCUCUACUGAUUUCAGCAGCUCGCGGUUUUCCGAAAUCGUCGGUGCCGCCAUGUCGAACGAUGUCCCGGACGGUGAAAAGUCGAAAAUGCCCUUGGUGUUGAAGAACAAGGCGCCUAGGUGGCACGAGCAGCUGCAAUGCUGGUGUUUGAAUUUCAAGGGGCGGGUGACGAUUGCUUCUGUGAAGAACUUUCAGUUGAUUGCCGCCCAACCGCCGGUGGUGGCUACGGUGGCUCCGCCACCUUUGUCGUCUUCUCAGGCUCAGGCAGGGGGGCAGCCGGAGCAUGAGAAAGUGAUAUUGCAGUUUGGUAAAGUUGGGAAAGAUAUGUUCACCAUGGAUUAUCGUUACCCUUUAUCAGCAUUUCAAGCUUUUGCUAUAUGUUUAAGCAGCUUUGACACCAAAUUAGCUUGUGAAUAGAAUAAAGAACAAAAAAAGGAAAAAUUAACUCUAGGGUUUUCAGAUGAAUGAAUGAAAAUGGGUAAAGAAAGCAAAUUGGAAUGAAUGGCUUUCUUUUGUUGUCCAACAGUUGUUAUUGAGACGUUAUUGUGUUUUUGAAGUAAAAGAAAAAAAAAAAUCUUAAUAAGCCCAGAUUUUCGUUGCUUCGUUUUGUAUAUGGAUAUAUAUUUUCAUUACAUCAUAUUGCGUUAAGUUUAAUACUAACUAAUUUUACUAAAAUGUCUUUUGAG